AUGUCUGAGAUCGUACACCCCACUAUCAAGGAUGGCUGGUUCCGCGAGAUCUCCGACAUGUGGCCCGGCCAGGCCAUGACCCUCAAGGUCAAGGAGGUGCUUCACCACGAGAAGAGCAAGUACCAGGACGUCCUCAUCUUCGAAUCGACCGACUACGGCACCGUCUUGGUCCUUGACAAUGUCAUCCAGUGCACCGAGCGUGAUGAGUUCUCAUACCAGGAGAUGAUUACCCACCUUGCCAUGAACGCGCACCCCGACCCCAAGCGUGUUCUCGUUAUUGGUGGAGGCGACGGUGGUGUGCUCCGUGAAGUCGUCAAGCACGACUGCGUCGAGAAGGCUGUGCUCUGCGACAUCGACGAGGCUGUCAUUCGUCUGUCUAAGAAGUACCUCCCCGGCAUGUCGGUUGGCUUCAACCACCCCAAGGUUGAGGCUAUCGUCGGCGACGGCUUCAAGUACCUUGAGGACAAGAAGGGCGAGUUCGACGUUAUUAUCACCGAUUCCAGUGACCCAGAAGGUCCCGCCGAGGCCCUCUUCCAGAAGCCGUACUUUGAGCUGCUCAACGGCGCGCUUCGGGAAGGCGGUGUCAUCACCACUCAAGGUUCCGAGAACCAGUGGCUCCACAUGCCUCUCAUUGUGAACCUCAAGAAGGGCUGCAAGGAGGUCUUCCCCAACGUCGAGUACGGCUACACCACGAUCCCCACCUACCCGUCUGGCCAGAUCGGCUUCAUGGUCUGCUCCAAGGACGCCAACCGCGACCUCAAGAAGCCCCUCCGCUCUUGGGCCCCUGAGGAAGAGGAGAAGCUGUGCAAGUACUACAGCAAGGAGAUUCACGAGGCAGCAUUCGUUCUACCCACUUUCGCUCGCAAGGCUCUUCGGUAG